UCGAACGUUAGUUGGAACCGUACGUUCAUUUCGUUUCAAAAAAGCUUCACGAGUCCGAGCUUUAUAGAAAUUUUUAAUUAUGUGUUUAUUGUUUGAUCAUAAAUAGAAUUCGCGGGAAUCUAUUAAUCUGAAAAUAGUGAAUUUGUGAUUGUAAAUUAGUUUGUUUAUCCUGUAGCAGAAUAGUGUUUGUAAACGGAUUCAGUAGUGUCGGCAUAGUUUAUUUAACUAAGUUCGUGACAGUGCUUUCCAUUUAUCUACGGAAUGUUUCUGAAGAAUUGAGAUCUUAAUAAAUAUAAAGGAGUGGCUUGGCGCGGCGUAACCGGCGGGCCGCGCCAUGGGUAACAAGUGCUGCAGCCGCCGUCAUGACCCAGAUAGGCCUUUGGUAUAUCCGGCGUAUAAGAACGAGGCGGGGUUCACGGCGUGCCCGUCGUCGCUGGAGACGCGGUACACAGGAGAACCCAACACACGAGUGCUGUCGCGACCUCCUGCGGACAUCGUGCGCACACGCAACCCUGGAAAAUGUAUAACCAACGGCGGCAGACGCGUAGUGAAAGCGCUAUGCGCGUACACAGCUCGAGCGGACUCGGACAUCUCGUUCCGCAAGGGCGACCGCAUGGAAGUCCUGAGCGAUGCAGAGCCUGAUUGGUGGAGAGUCCUACAUCUCACCACGAGGAGAGAAGGACUUGUACCCGUCAACUUUGUCGCUGAAGAAAGUUCUGUUGAAUGCGAAGACUGGUUCUUUCCUCACGUAUCCCGCAAAGAGGCUGACAAACUCCUCCUUGCUGAGACCAACCCUCGAGGGACCUUCCUCGUGAGGCCAGCGGAACAUAAUCCUCACGGCUUCAGCCUCAGUGUCAAGGAUUGGGAGGAGGGAAGAGGGUACCAUGUAAAACAUUACAAGAUUAAGCCUUUGGACAAUGGAGGGUUCUACAUCGCUACCAAUCAAACGUUCCCGAGUCUGCCUGCGCUUGUCAUGUCUUAUACGAAGAACGCGUUAGGUCUAUGCCACGUGCUAGCGCGGCCGUGUCCGAAGCCUGAACCUCAAAUGUGGGACCUCGGGCCAGAGUUACGGGACAAAUGGGAGAUACCACGGUCAGAGAUACAACUCAUCAGGAAACUAGGACAAGGCAACUUUGGAGAAGUCUAUUAUGGAAAGUGGCGUAAUAAUAUUGAGGUUGCUGUGAAAACACUAAGAGAAGGCACGAUGUCGACACAAGCCUUCCUACAAGAGGCAGCCAUCAUGAAGAAGUUCCGACACAAGCGGUUGGUGGCGCUGUACGCAGUUUGUUCCACACAAGAACCAGUAUACAUAGUGCAAGAAUACAUGAGUAAAGGUUCCCUCCUAGAGUUCCUCAGAAACGGUGAGGGCAAGUUCCUCCAGUUUGAGGACCUCGUGUAUGUCGCCGCGCAAGUCGCGUCCGGCAUGGAGUACUUAGAAUCCAAAAUGUUGAUACACAGAGACUUAGCCGCUAGGAACGUGUUAAUAGGUGAAAACAACGUAGCAAAAAUAUGUGACUUUGGACUCGCAAGGGUGAUUGAAGACAAUGAAUACUGUCCUAAGCAGGGGUCUCGCUUCCCAGUCAAGUGGACGGCACCAGAGGCCAUCAUUUAUGGAAGAUUCUCCAUCAAGAGCGACGUCUGGUCGUACGGCAUUCUUCUUAUGGAACUGUUCACGUAUGGUCAGAUACCUUACCCUGGUCUGCACGGCAAGGACGUCAUUGAACAAGUAGAGCGAGGCUACAGAAUGCCCAAACCCGUCGGACACUACCUCCCCGACGAUAUCUAUAGACUGAUGCUACAAUGCUGGGACGCUAUCCCCGAGAAACGGCCCACUUUCGAAUUCCUAAACCACUAUUUCGAAUCAUUCACAGUGACCAGUGAGAUACCGUACAGAGAAGUGCAAGACUAGUGCUGUGAUAUAGUGAAAUAGUUUGUAUGUGCCGCGUGAGAGACAUGUGUAGGGUCCUCUUAGCAAAUGUCGGAGUUAUAUUGUCUGUGGCCGUCCUGUCGCGGGACCGACCACACACCUAUAAAUCCACUUUUAGUAUUUUUAUACUCAAAUCAUUAAUGAACUAAAACAAUACAGGAACGUGUGAGCUUCUUUUUUAUUGGUCGACGGCUUUUCUCUUCUGUUUUGUAAGUCAAAAUUGAUAUCGAAAUACUUAGCCUAAGUCAAUACGAAAACACAGAAACUGACGUAUGUAUAAGUCAACUAAAAUAACUUAAGUAUUUAUAGUAUUGAUCAAGUUUCACUUUCUAUUAUUUAUGUAGCUUAUAAGCACUGGUAGUGUUAUUUUGCAUUUUGUACAAACUCAAUUGUUCACUACGGCAUAAGCAAUAAGGUUGAAAACGAAAUGUAACACAAUAUUUUCAUAUUCUAAAAUGAUAUGUGAUAUUUUUUUAUCACCUUAGGCCCGACACUGGAGUACGAAUAAGAUCUCAAGUCCUACGCUUCACUCGUGCUUUGUAACUCCAUGUUAUUGUAAAAGUUCACGCACAACCAAAAUUAUGUCUAAUUUGCGUACAAAUUUAUAUUUGCCCUUGUAAUGACAGAAAACUGAACUAAAGUACUUCAAGGCUCCUUUGCAAUUAUCAUGUAAAUGUUAGAGGAAGUUAUUGUAGAAUCCUUUAGUUGUCAUUAGCUCCCUGAAUCAAAAUUGACUACUGGGUAAGAUAUGGUAGAUAGAAAUACAGGGUAGAACUGAAUAAGAAACAACAAAAUUCCGUCACUAAAUUUUUUUUUAAAUUCAUAGCGAUGCCUUCUCCAGAGGAGGUUAAUGCUAGAGGAGUAUGUACUGAGAAUUCCAGAAGGCAAUUUUGGUUAAUUUUCGAAAUAUUAGGACACGUCUGGCGUGUUCGAAGCGUUGUUAUAUAAAUUCACAAGACCACGCUAGGCGCUAAGUGGCACGUAAUAAAACAUGUCGUGUGCAGAGUAACAUUAACCCGUUGGAAAUUGUUGACAAUCAUCCCCUAAAUUUCUACCUACAAAAGUAGUCUCUAAACAUUGGAAAUAAGGUCUAUAAUGUAGUUAGUGGAGAGUGGUCACCCGUGACCGCUUGGGGAUAUUUUGAAGGUUCUCUUGAAUUUCUAUCCACCAAAACUACCAGUUGUUACAAAAUUGUGAUAAAACUGUGCUCAAUGAUCCCAUACAACUUGCAAAGGGGCUAACUAUCCUCAUGUAAAAAGACAAAUAAUGCUAGCUAUAGGACCAUAUACCAAAGAGAUAAUUGUACAUUAAGAACGAAUGAUAGAUGUAGCGAGAAGCGUAUUUAAUUUAUAGCAUAGUUAGACCUUGUGACCUGUAUAUUAUUAAUUAAUUAAUUUGACCAAUUAUCCCCCAUUAUUGACGCAUGUAUUAAAUCAUAUUAAUUGUUAAUAUAAUUGGAUUCUAAUCGACUGAUCAUCGAUCCGUUGUUUAUAAUUGUAACUACAAAAUUUAACCUCAAAUUUUAUUGUUUUCUUCGCCUAAAAGUAUUAAAAUGCUUUAACCACUUAAUCGUUUCGUCAUAGAAAAAUGUAAAAAGCCAAUGAAAAAUAGUGUCUUAAAUAACAUUCCAAAUAUUCAAAACACGUUAAAUUUGGACACUUUUGUAUGAAAACGUUUAGAUUUGUAAGAUUUUGUACAUACAAUGAAAAUAAAUGUCAUUGAUAUAAA